GAGGUGACGGUGUUCUUGUCGUUUCAGACGGUGGGGCUGGACAUCAGUGAUGAGCAGGUGGCCGAGAUGGAGCGCCACUGGUACGACGUGGACCUGCAGGCGGCCGCCAAGGAGGAGGCGCUGACCAGGCACGACGUGAUGGCGCACGUGCACGUGUUCGCCCAGCAGUGCCCCGCGGCCGCGCCCAUCAUCCACCUGGGCGCCACGUCGUGCUACGUGGGCGACAACACGGACCUGAUCGUGCUCCGUGACGGCCUGGACCUGCUGCUGCCGCGCCUCGUGCUGUGCAUCGAGCGCCUCGCGGACUUCGCGGCGCGCCACAAGGCGCUGCCCACCCUGGGCUUCACGCACCUGCAGCCGGCCCAGCUCACCACCGUGGGCAAGCGCGCCUGCCUGUGGCUGCAGGACCUGCUCAUGGACGAGCGCGCGCUGAGGCGAGUUCGCGGCGACCUUCGCUUCCGAGGGGUCAAGGGCACGACGGGGACGCAGGCCUCGUUCAUGGCGCUGUUCAACGGCGACGGCGCCAAAGUGAAGCAGCUGGACCGCCUGGUAACCGAGAUGGCGGGCUUCGCCAGCAGCUUCACCAUCAGCGGCCAGACUUACAGCCGCAAAGUGGACGUGGAGGUGGUGAACGUCCUGGCCUCCCUGGGUGCUACGAUACACAAGCUCUGCUCCGACAUCCGAUUGCUGGCCAACAUGAAGGAGCUGGAGGAGCCGUUCGAGAAGACCCAGAUCGGGUCGUCGGCCAUGGCGUACAAGCGCAACCCCAUGCGCUCGGAGCGCUGCUGUUCCAUCGCUAGGUUCCUCAUGACGCUGCCGGCCAACACCCUGCAGACCGCCGCCACCCAGUGGCUGGAGCGCACCCUGGACGACAGCGCGAACCGACGCAUCACGCUGUCCGAGGCCUUCCUCGCGGCGGACUGCGUGCUGCUCACGCUGCAGAACGUCGUGGAGGGCCUGGUGGUGUACCCCAAGGUGAUAGAGCGCCACAUCCGCGCCGAGCUGCCCUUCAUGAGCACCGAGAACAUCAUCAUGGCCAUGGUCCAGGCGGGCGGCGACCGGCAGGUGUGCCACGAGAAGAUCCGCGUGCUGUCGCACGAGGCCGGCGCGCAGGUGAAGCAGCUCGGCCUGGACAACGACCUGAUCGCUCGGGUGCGCGCCGACCCCUACUUCGCGCCCAUUAUGGGGCAGCUGGAGGCGCUCCUCGACCCCACCACCUUCACCGGCAGGGCGCCCGACCAGGUUACGGAGUUCAUCGCGGAGGAGGUGAUGCCCGUCGUCGAUAGCUACAAGAAAGAGGGGAAGCUCAACCUCAACUCGGCCGAGCUCAAGAUCUAACCCGAACGCUUUUAA